ACUUUACCAGAAGAGGGAGCUGUUAGCUACAGUAAGCAAGCAACGCUGGUUGUGAUGACCUCUAUAAAGGGAAUUUGAUCAGAAUCGAUGAUCAGACCUAACAGUGCUUCUAAUCUAAGCUCCAAAUUCACUAUAACAAUGGCGAGAAAGGGAGGCCCCAAAAUCACGCUGUUUCUUCUUUUCAUCUCAAUCAUAGCAUUUGGAGUGUUCGUUCCAGUCUUCGCUCCUCUCCCUUCUCUCUCCUCUUCCUCUCACUCUCAUCGUCACAGGAAGGUCUUCACAGCUAAUGCUCGAAGCUUUGAGAUAGCGGAUGACGUGUUCUGGAAGGAUGGUAAACCUUUCCGGAUCAUUGGUGGUGAUCUGCACUACUUUCGAAUACUUCCUGAGUAUUGGGAAGAUAGGCUUUUGAGAGCAAAGGCUCUGGGUUUGAAUACCAUCCAAACUUAUGUUCCUUGGAAUCUACAUGAACCACAACCUGGCAACUUGGUCUUCGAGGGUAUUGCUGAUCUAGUUUCUUUUCUCAAAAUCUGCCAAAAGCUGGAUUUCCUUGUUAUGCUUCGAGCUGGGCCUUAUAUUUGUGCAGAAUGGGAUUUAGGAGGUUUCCCUGCCUGGUUAUUAGCCAUAGAGCCUGCUCUCAAAUUGAGAUCAUCCGACCCUGCAUAUCUUAAAUUGGUAGACAAAUGGUGGGGAAUCCUACUACCAAAGGUAGCUCAUCUUCUUUAUAACAAUGGAGGUCCUAUUAUAAUGGUUCAGAUUGAAAAUGAAUUUGGUUCAUAUGGGGAUGACCAGUCUUAUCUUCAUCACCUAGUCAAAUUGGCUCGAGAACAUCUUGGGGAGAACAUAGUUCUGUAUACUACAGAUGGAGGAACUAGGGAAACUCUUGAGAAAGGAACAAUUCGUGGAGAUGCUGUCUUUUCCGCGGUUGAUUUCUCCACUGGUGAGGAUCCCUCACCUAUAUUCAAGUUACAGAAGGAAUUCAAUGCCCCAGGGAAAUCACCACCACUUUCUGCGGAAUUCUAUACAGGUUGGCUGACACACUGGGGAGAGGAUCUUCAGCAUACAGGUGCUGGGUUUACAGCGUCUGCCUUGGAAAAGAUUUUCUCACAAAAUGGUUCAGCUGUGCUUUAUAUGGCACACGGUGGAACAAAUUUUGGAUUUUAUAAUGGAGCAAAUACCAUUGCUGACGAGUCUGGUUACACUUACAAGCCUGAUAUCACUUCCUAUGAUUAUGAUGCACCAAUUAAGGAAUCUGGUGAUGUGGAUAACGCAAAAUUUAGAGCACUGAAGAGGGUUAUCGGGCGUCAUAGUGUGGCAUCACUUCCCUCAACUCCUCCUGAUAAUGAAAAGACAGGAUAUGGACCUAUUCGGUUACAGAAAACAGCAUUUUUAUUUGAUUUACUUGAUAUGAUUAAUCCUGCUGAUGUGGUUGAAUCCAGAAACCCAGUCUCAAUGGAGUCAGUGGGACAGGUUUUUAACAUGUUUGGAUUUCUAGUUUAUGUUUCUGAAUAUGCUUCAAAGGAUGAUGGAAACAUUUUGUUCAUACCAAAGGUGCAUGAUAGAGCUCAAGUGUUUGUAUUAUGCUCUUCUGAUGAUAAGGAGAGGAGGCCAACAUAUAUUGGUACAAUUGAAAGGUGGUCAAAUGAAAAACUGCUCCUUCCUAAUACCAAAUGUGCCUCUAACAUCAGCUUAAUAGUUUUGGUUGAAAACAUGGGCCGUGUAAAUUAUGGACAGUACAUGUUUGAUAGGAAGGGAAUUUUGUCUUCUGUUUAUCUGGAUGGAAGAAUUUUGGAUGGAUGGAAAAUGAUUACAAUUCCUCUUCACACCCUAAAUGAGGUGCCAAGAACUAAUCUUAUUACUCUGGUUGCACAUUCCAGAAUCGUUACAUCAUCAGCCCUCAGAAAAUUAGAAGACUCUGAGAGGGUUUCUAAAGAACCAGCAUUAUAUACGGCCCACUUUUCUAUAGAGAAAGACAACCAAGUUAAGGAUACAUUCAUAUCAUUCAGCGGCUGGGGUAAAGGAAUUGCAUUUGUAAAUGAUUUUAACAUUGGAAGAUACUGGCCGUCUUUUGGGCCACAGUGCACCCUCUAUGUCCCUGCUCCAAUCCUUCACCGUGGAGAAAAUGUUCUGGUCAUACUUGAGUUAGAAUCACAUCACCCUGAGCUUGUGGUAAAUUCAGUUGAUCAGCCAGACUUCACGUGUGGUUCAAGUAAAUCGAAUGUGCAUCAGCUUUAGCGACACAUUGUAAAUAUUUGACGUGCACUGUCGUUGGAAAAUGAGCAAGGUACAGCUGUACAGUUGAUCUCCAUAUCUGCAAUGUGGGACCUCUAGAGAUCAAGCCCAUGCAUGACCUUGUAACAGAGAUGUACUGUGGAACACAAGUUUUUGGCUGAGUGCGUAGAUUAGUAGAAAGAUGAAGUGUGAUGAGAAGGAAGUCAUUGGAACAUUGAAUUAUUAGUAGUGGCUGCAGUCCGUAUGAAUUGCCUUCUCUUGGAUAAAUCAUUCAAACAAUUUCAAUCACAUUGGCUCUUGUAUGAAGAAGCAUAAUGAUGACGUUUUCCUGGCACGAAAUUUACAUCUGAUAAUGCAAAUCAAAUUGCAUUUUCUUUUA